CUUGCUUAUUACCUAGUGUUUCGUACUGAGAGGCACUCAGUCUGUUAGAAUGUUCCGUUUGUAGACCUAGCAGUCGCUUUGUUGUAUCUUCCAUUCGUUGAAUAUGACACAUUGCCAGCCAGCGGUUGUAAUUUUUAUACUUUGUUAAUUAUGUUCAAACAGCUUAGUUUUCAGUUACAUACUGAAACGAUUCACGUCCCUUUCAAGCUUUAAAAUCUCGUAUUGAUCUAACCGUUAUAUGCAAAAGAUUCAAGCAAGUUUGAUAAAUCAUCAAGCUAUAUAUAUACAUUAUGAAGGAAGACCCCAAUUGAGAGUUAAUCUUCUCUGCAGUCACGCAUGCCGCAAUAUGGACAGAGGCGUGUUGCGUGCUAUGACGAACGGUGUAUCGUAGAGAUGUGGCACAUGCGAGGAACACAUCAUCAAGCUAUAUAGCCAGUAGUCUACGGGUAAUCUGUUUAUAAAUGCCCGCUGCCCUUCAAACAUGCUCGCGGUCUUGUCGAAAAACCGGAUUUCUGGAAAAAGGUAGAAUUUUUCUUUUCGACUCUUUUUACUUUUUCUUUGCGAUGGGUCGCCGAGCCAAAGGGCAACAAGGCAAUGGUAGUGCUGCAGUUGGAGAUGAUGAACCCGGCCAACGAUCCAUUGCUACGAUAGAAGGUUGGGAAGACGGCGAAUAUUACCAGCGUGCUGUAACGAAACUCGACCGUUGGGAGUUACAGUCUGCGGAUCGUUUGACAUUUCAUUUCAAUACAACCCAAGUCGUACUCGUCCAAGAUCCGCAUUCAAACCACUUGGGAGGAUACAUUUGGCUGACAGCAAUUGUGUUUUGCACCUACUUGGAAAGUGUGCUGGCCAGUGUUAACAAGAAAGGAGGGAAAGGGAAGAAGCGACACGAGUGGAUUCAUAUGGAUCACGGCAAGCGAUGGGUCGAGCUUGGAUCGGGCGUCGGCUUGAUUGGCAUCAUGUUGGCCAAGCUCGGUAUCGAAAAUGUCAUUAUUACGGAUAUUGCAGAUUUGGUGGAUAUUAUGGAACGUAAUGUCGAAGCCAAUGGUCUGCGAGUACGAUCGUUGAGUGGCCGGCGCAAGAACGACGCGGAGCAGGAUCACUCGGUGGUGGUGGAACCGUUGUUGUGGAACGAUGCAGAGGCGAUAGCUCAUAUCCAGUCAGCAGGACCUAUUGAUUAUUUGCUCGCGUGCGAUUGUAUUUAUUCAGAAGCGAGUGCGGUUGAUUUGGUGUUGACGAUGGAUGCCCUGGCCACAGAGUCAACGUCGGUGAUUUGUGUAAGCGAAGUGCGUAACGAGGCAGCGCAGGAAAAGUUCAUGGAGGAGGCCAAGGAACGGUUUACAGUGGAGGAGCUGGCACCCCACGCGUGGCAGGAUAAGGCGUGCAGCCAGACUGCGUUUAAUGAAACACUAAAGAUGUACAGGAUGUUCAAGGGCAAAAGGGGCAAGAGGUCAAGAGGCACACCCACUGCAGCAGCAGCAGCAGUAGCAAAGAGCUAGACUUUCUUGUAGAAAGUAGCCAGAUGAUGCGGAUGCGGAUGAUGUUUGUUGAUGUGGUGUAACAGACCUCUUUUAUUGCCAUACACACCCCGCCAACCAGGCAGCAGUGCUCACAGACAGUGCCUUACACACAGUAGUGCACACAUUGAUUAUACAUAUUCAAAAAAAAAAACUCCUUCAGGACCCUUUUUCCAACAAAACCCGCUCACUCUCUCUUUUUUUGUUGUUACUCCACAUACAUACAACAGUUGUCCC